GUGCUUAGUCACACUUUCACAAAGAACAUCCCUGUGUCAGUGGUGAACUCCGUUAUCUUUUCUCCACUGCACGGCGUCUCUUCAUGGGCUGCAACUUCACCGCUGCAAUUAAGGAACCACGCCUGUUGCUCUCUAAUUUCCCUGACUAGCAGUACUUAUACUACUGCAGUACAAGCUGUCUCCAGUGCUCCUGCGCUAGAAAACUUCAUACCCAUUAGAGGAUUUUUAUUUUUUAUUUAUUAUUUUAUUAUCGCGAGAGCGUAGCCUUCCUGCAGGGCUGAUACUGACCACUGGUUUCGGGCUGGGAGGUAAUAGUCCAGUCGGUGACCCGCACUUUGUCCGGGAACACGCACAAUGCCAGCAAUGGAGUACCUCAACUUUAUUUUUGUGUUUUCCUGCUUGAUGAAGAUUACAAAUUCUGUCUACUCUACUGAUACACCUCAAGUUCCUGCGCCUAUUCCUAAAGAAAAAUUGCUUGUCUUAACUGUUGCAACAGAGGAAACGGAUGGGUUCCUCCGCUUUAUGCAAUCUGCAAACUAUUUCAACUACACUGUGAAGGUGUUGGGAAUGGGAGAAGCAUGGAAGGGUGGUGAUGUGGGUCGUUCUAUCGGUGGAGGGCAAAAAGUCAGACUUCUGAAGGAGGCCAUGGAGGCACUGGCGGACCAGGAAGAUCUUCUUGUUCUUUCUGUGGACAGCUAUGAUCUUAUCUUUGCUGGGGGACCAGAAGAGAUUCUCAGGAAGUUCCAGAAAGCCAAUCACAAAGUGCUUUUUGCUGCAGAGGGACUGAUAUGGCCAGAUAAGCGACUAGCUGACAAGUACCCCGCAGUGCGCAGUGGCAAGCGCUACCUCAAUUCUGGAGGUAUAAUCGGCUACGCCCCAUACAUAAACAGAGUUGUUUCCCAGUGGAACCUCCAUGACAAUGAUGAUGACCAGCUCUUCUACACUAAAUUAUACCUGGAUCCUUUGCAACGACAAACUCUCAAUAUGACUUUGGACCACAAGUGCCAGAUUUUCCAGAACCUGAACGGGGCUGUUGACGAAGUGCUUCUUAAGUUUGGAACAGACCGCGUUAGAGUUAGAAACACAGUGUACGACUCUCUGCCAGUGGUUGUCCAUGGCAACGGAAACACCAAGAUGUACUUGAACUACUUGGCUAACUACGUCCCUAAUACAUGGAACUAUGAACAUGGCUGUAGCCACUGUGAUGACGAUGUUAUAGACCUGUCUCAGUUAAAAGAGUAUCCAAACGUCUUUGUUGGAGUAUUCAUUGAGCAGCCAACUCCAUUUCUUCCUGAAUUCUUUCAACGGCUGCUGACCUUGGAUUACCCCAAAGAUAAACUCAAAGUUUUUGUCCACAACAACGAGGUUUACCACGAGAAGCACAUCCAGAAGUUCUGGGAAGAGAACAGAAAUGUGUUUCACAGUUUCAAGGUUGUGGGACCAGAAGAAAAUCUGAGCCAAGGAGAGGCCCGGAACAUGGGCAUGGAUCUUUGCCGUAAGGAUGCCACGUGCGACUACUACUUCAGCCUAGAUUCCGAUGUGAUGCUCACCAACCAACAGACACUGAAGCUCCUCAUUGAGCAGAACAGAAAAAUAAUUGGUCCCCUUGUCAUUCGUCACGGCAAGCUGUGGUCCAACUUCUGGGGAGCCUUGAGCCUGGAUGGUUAUUACGCUCGCUCUGAAGAUUAUGUCGACAUUGUGCAGAGAAAACGUGUGGGUAUGUGGAACAUUCCUUUCAUGGCACAUGUAUAUCUUGUCAAGGGUGGUGCCUUGAGGAAUGAACUGAAAGAGAGGAACUACUUUGUCCUGGAGAAACUAGAUCCAGAUAUGGCUUUUUGUAGAAACGCCAGAGAAAUGACCAGUCACAGAGAAAAAGACUCCCCUACUCCGGAAUCAUUCCAUAUGCUCAGGCCCCCAAAGGGAGUCUUUAUGUACAUAACAAACCGUCACGACUUUGGAAGGCUCAUUUCCACAGCCAAUUAUAACAUAUCUCAUUAUAACAAUGACUUGUGGCAGAUAUUUGAAAACCCUGUGGACUGGAAGGAGAAGUAUAUCCACCAAAAUUAUACUCGAAUUUUCACUGAGAACUACUUGGAGCAGCCUUGUCCAGAUGUGUUUUGGUUCCCAGUCUUCUCAGAGAAGGCCUGUGACGAAAUAGUUGAGGAGAUGGAGCACUACGGUUCUUGGUCUGGAGGCAAACAUGAGGACAAGCGGAUCUCCGGCGGCUAUGAGACUGUGCCGACGGAUGACAUUCAUAUGAAGCAAAUCAGCUAUGAAAAAGAGUGGCUACACUUCAUCCGAGAGUUUAUAUCGCCCAUCACAUUAAAAGUUUUCUCCGGAUACUUUACUAAGGGUUACGCUUUAAUGAACUUUGUGGUAAAAUACACGCCUGAGAGGCAAGCGUACUUGAGGCCCCAUCAUGACUCCUCCACCUUCACCAUCAACAUCGCCCUCAAUAACAAAGACACAGACUUUCAGGGUGGGGGCUGCCGUUUCCAUAGGUACAACUGCUCCAUAGACUCACCAAGGAAAGGCUGGAGCUUCAUGCAUCCAGGACGCCUGACUCACCUCCACGAAGGCCUGCCUACCACCAAUGGCACCCGCUACAUUGCAGUGUCUUUCAUCGACCCUUGAAGUGUCUGAUUAUAAUGUAAAUUAGUAUUUUGACGUCGCUUUACUCAUUGUUUGUUUUGAUUUGUCAUUUGAUGUAUGUUUUGCUAAUGCAAUUCUAUUUUAAAGCAAACGCUUAAAAUGAAUAAAUAAUUGCAUUAAAGGAAUCUCUGUCAAACAGAGUGUAGAGUGGAAAGGAAAGUGACAAAAGUAAUUCACACUUUAGAUACACAAUAAUUACAAAAGAAAAAGAUGCUAGGAGGAGGGUAUGCACACAUGUUCCACACUUUUAUUUCCAUUGAACAAUUUGUUUUUAGAAUAAAAAACAACAUCCUACCUGGAAUCAUUGGAAGUGGCAGGAGCUGAUUGGAUUACACUUCACUGGAGUUGUACCUUGUACGAUUUCAAGUGUAGCGGGUCAUGACUUUCACAAAAUUGAUUUAACAUUGUCAUCAUUAACACGCACUGGUUGAUUUGCUAGCUGUGCCAUGCUAGCAUGCAGAUGACGGUUGUGUAUCUAUUUGUGUUUCAGGUAAAAUGUCACUGAAGGCCUUAAUACUAUAAAAAGUUAUUUCUUCAAAAGUUACUACUGGUGCUUAUUAAAACUCCAUGUUUCUACUUGUUAGAUUUAAGUCAAUAUUUGGUGGAGUGUUUCCAUUUGUGAUUAGUUUGAUACAUGUCCAGUGAAAAUUAAAUCUAUUUUUGGAAUUUUGCACACCAGGAAAACAAAUGAAAUUCAAUAUUCUGUUUUACUUGAAAGGUUUUUCUUCUUUUUGAAAUUGAUAACAUUUGUUAGCUUUCCUA